AUGCGCAAGUUGGCCCAUCUUUCACUCGGGAAGCUGCGCGGAAAAGGGUCCAAAAACGAUACAAACCAUAUCGAAUCUUCUAAAGCUGGAUUUUCCAAUGACCCGACCCAAUCCGAUAGAAAACAUUUACAUGACCCGACCCACUCUGACAUAAAGCAAUUAGAUGACCCAACCAUAUCCGAUAAUAAUCAUUCCAAUGACCCAAGCCAAUCCGACAGAACACCAACCCAAUCCGACAGUAAACAUUCCGAUUACACAACCCAAUCGGACAAAAAACAUUCCAAUGACAUGACCCAAUCCGACGAAAAAAACUCCAAUGACCCAACCCAAUCUGACAAAGAAUAUUCCGAUGACCCAACCCAAUCCGACAGUAAACAUUCCGAUGACACGACCCAAUCCGACAAAAAACAUUCCAAUGACAUGACCCAAUCCGACAAUAAAAAUUCCAAUGACCCAACCCAAUCCGACAAAGAACAUUCCGACGACCCAACCCAAUCCGACAAAGAAUAUUCUAAUGAGCAAACCAGGAACAGGAUGUCUACUCUGCGAAAUUUCCCAUUAGAAGACAUAAAUUCAGUCACCAACAACUUUGCUAGUGUCAUUGGAGAAGGGUUUCUCGGAAAGAUUUAUGAAGGACAGCUCUCUCGGCGCGGAGAGUCAAUAGAUGUUGCUGUGCGAAGGCUAGAUACUAGUUUUUGUCUGCAAGAGGUGGCGUUUGACAAGGAGAUUUCAGUUCUUUCUCAAAUUGAGCAUCCAAAUAUAGUCACAAUUAUCGGGUAUUGUUAUGAGAAGAACGAGAUGCUCAUUGUAAGCGAGCGUGUUGCGCGUGGAAGUCUAAAAUGGCAUCUGAGUGACCCCAAAGUACUUACAUGGGAGAGAAGAUUGCAGAUAAGCAUUGGUGUUGUGUCUGCAUUGAGUUACUUGCAUAAUUUUAGUGUUAUCCAUCAUAACAUCAACUGUGAUUCAAUCUUGUUAGAUGAGAAUUGGGAAGCCAAAAUAUCCGGCUUUGAAUAUUCCAUGACAAUACCAGCGGGAGGUCUAGACCUGGCAUAUGAAAAGCUUGGAACCGGAACCUACAAGUCAGAUGUGUUCUCCAUUGGCAUCGUAUUGUUUGAGCUCUUGUGCAAAAGGGAAGCAUUCCAUUCAGAAGUUGAUGGUAGUUUUCAAGCUUCAUCUGCCAUGUUCCAGUAUGAGAACGGAAAAUUGCACGAAUAUGUUGCACCGGGUCUAUAUAGCCAGAUGGAUAAAAAGUCAUUCAACAUUUUUUCGAAAACAGCAUAUAAUUGCCUCAAUCGAAGAGCACCACCAACUAUGAAUCAGGUCCUCGAAAGACUUGAGAGAGCACUAAAAGUUCAGCAGAAGCAUGAAAAUAAUGGACACUCAACAAUUGCAGUUGAACGUAAAAUUCCAGACAGCAUGAAGUUGAAGCUGAAGAGCUUGGAACAUAUGAGAAUUCGAGAAGAUGAUAUAUUGACGGCCACCAAGAAGUUUUCAGAAGGUCACAUCGUGUCUGGUGGAUUUGGUUCAGUGUACAUAGCAGAACUUGAACAUGUAGAUAAAGCAUAUUGUUUACCAACUGAAACAGAGAAUGCUCGUGAAUUACCCAAGAAACGCAACAUAGUUGCGAUAAAACGCAUCGACGAUACAGAAGAGAUGGCAGAACAAGGAUUUUAUGCCGAAAUUGAACUGCUUACGAGUUGUAAGCAUUCCAACAUAAUCCCUCUGGUUGGAUUUUGUGACGAAGGUGAUGAAUUGAUCCUUAUUUAUGAGUAUGCUUCCAGCGGGAGUCUCAAUUAUCAACUACAAAAGAUGAGUAAUAAUCAUAAUGAUACAUGGGCGCAACGUUUGAAAAUCUGCCUUGGCGUCGCAAAGGGAUUAAGUUUUCUUCACACUACCAAGGGAGACCGAAAAGAGGUAGUGCACCGUGACAUCAAAAGUGCCAACAUUCUGUUGGACGGGAACUUUGAAGCAAAGAUUGGUGACUUUGGGCUCUCCACAUUCCUUUCUGUCAGUAAAGAUUACACUCGGUAUUCUACUACAAUUGCAGGCACUCCGGGGUACAUGGAUCCUCAAUAUGGGAAGGAUGGUAAAUUGAAAAAAGAAUCAGAUGUUUACAGUUUCGGAGUAGUCAUGUUUGAGAUCCUAUCUGGGACGGUAGCCUAUGAUAGAAAAUACAAUGUUGGGCUUGCACUCGAAGCAAAAGAACACUUUGAGAAUAAAAAAAUCAAGGAAAUGCUGGAUUCUAAAAUCAAAGAAGAGAUUACACGAACACUAGUUUCUUCAAUUAAAGGACCUAAUCAAGAGUCACUGGACAUCUUUACCAAAAUUGCCUAUAAAUGUUUGGCAGAAGAACAAUCGGAGCGUCCAACGAUGGAGGUUGUAGUCCAGGAACUUGAGAACGCCCUACUCUUUCAGGAAAACCGCAAAGACAUAUUUCAAAUUUCAUUUGAAGAUGUACUGUUGGCCACAGAUAACUUUUUUGAUGACAGACUUAUUUCAGUUGGAAUAUAUGAAGGUAAUGUUUUACAAGCUGAUGGAACUAUCACCAGGGUAGUUGCGAAGCGAAUUACCAUGGGUAAUGAAGUGGAUGACGCAGUAGAUACGGAAUUUAAAGUUCUAAUGAAAUACAGACAUGAGAAUGUCAUUGCUCUCUUAGGCUAUUGUGCAGAAGGAGAAGAAAGAGUUGCUGUUUAUGAGUAUAUGCCGUAUGGAGGUUUUAACAUGUAUGUGCAUAAGGAGAGUCUUACAUGGGGUAAACGCCUUGAGAUAUGUAUUGACAUUGCAAGUGGGUUGGAUUUCCUUCAUGGAGGCUCCAAAACAGGAGAGGUGGUAAUUCAUAGGGACAUCAAAAGCAGCAAUAUUCUACUUGAUGCUGACAUGAAAGCAAAAAUUGCUGAUUUUGGGCUUUGCGUAAGACAUCCAAUUGAUAAGCAAAUGGUUCUUCUCGACCAUAUUGCAGGCACAGAAGCCUACCGGGAUCCGGAAUAUGAAAGGACGUGUCAGUUAAGCAAAGAAUGUGAUAUAUAUUCAUUCGGUAUUCUUUUAUUUGAGAUCUUGCUCCGGGGAUUAGCUGGUCAGUACUUAGUCCCUUUUAUUAAACGCCUACAUAAAGAAGGAAAACUCGAUGAGCUGGUUUUUGAGAGUACAAAAGAAGUUGUUGUGCCACAGUCUUUGACUAUAUUUCGAAGGAUUGCCAUUCAAUGCCUACAUGAAAAGAGAGAAGAAAGGCCAACGGCACGUGAAGUGAUAAUCCAACUUAAGAAAGCAUUUGAAAUCCAAGUAAGUUUUCAUUUAUUUUUUUACAACUAAAUAAUAUAUCAUUAUAUAAGUUGUAAAAGAAAGGAUCUAUACGGUAUAAUGUACUAGGAGACAACCUAUAUAUUCAAAACCAACUAGCCGAGCUAGGCUAAAAGAAAAGCUCAAAACGAGCAGAGCUCGAGCUCGAGCUUCAUAAGUUAAACGAGCUCGACCUCAAGCCUAGUUGUGUUCGGGCUCAGUUUGACUCGUUUGCACUCCUAGUUGGUAUAUGUAUAGAGUGAAAGAUAGGAGUUAAAAA